AACAUUGGUGGCACUAUUCAUAAUAUUGAAUUCAGUCAUGCGUAACGUCGUACCGAUUCCGUUGCAUGCUGGCUGCUGAGAAGGCGGCGAUUUGAGUAUGUUUCUUUGAAACGUAAAAUGUCAACUUUAAGAUCAAUUUCAGUGCCACAAGGUGGCAUUGUACAUACUCAGCAAGAGACAGACGUUUAUUUGAAAGAUUUAAACAAAGGACCUGGAACCUUAUAUGUUACAGAGAGUUGUGUGUUAUGGAGGAAUGAGGGUGGUGUUGGUUUCCAGCUUGAGUACCCUGAUAUUUCCCUGCAUGCUAUAUCGCGAGAUGUGUCAACAUUCCCCCACGAGUGUGUAUACUUAAUGAUUAACUCGCCAAAUCAGGAACCAGAUGACGGUUUGGAGGACGAAGAUGAUGAGGAAAAUACCAAUGAUGACUCAGAAAUUUCAGAAAUACGAUUUGUUCCAAGAGACAAAGAAUCAUUAAUGACAAUUUUUCAUGCAAUGGCCGACUGCCAAGCCUUACAUCCAGAUGAAGAAGAUGCCGAUUCUGAUGAUGCUGACCCUGGUUUUUAUGAGGAUGCAGAUGAAGUGGAGCUAAAUGCUGAAGGGCAAGCGGUGUUGUCAAGGUUACAAUUCCAACCACCGUCAGGAGGAGGUGAUGCACAAGCAAAUGGACAUGUUGAGGAGGCAAUGGACACAGGGCAGUUUGAUGAUGCAGACAUGGAAUCCUAGAAAAUUAAUUAACACUAAAUAAAAUUGUUGUCAGGGUUACAUUGCUGAUCAAAGGUCAUAUUGUAUUACUGUAUAUUAACAUAUUUUCAUUGACGAAAACAGUAGACUAGGAGACAAUAAUUACUGUAAAUUUUUUGCUCAAAAAUAAUUUAAAGUGAAUUUGCGUUUGAUAAUUAUUUAUGUAAAUUGAAUAUUUCUUAAGGAAAGCUCUUUGUCAGACCAAUAUUGCAUUUAAAAUACUGUAUUUCAUUUAUGAGCAAAACAUUUCAAUUUUGUAUUGUUUUUAGUUUGAAUUAGGAAGCCUGAAAACGGCCAUAUUUUUGUAACCAGUACACUUACUACUAUUACUUCCUAUAAUUGUGCAUCAGAAAAGAGGGUCUACUGUCGCAUAGUCAUAGAAAAUUCUUCAGCAAUUGUAUCAGGAAUACCCUGACAAAUGGUCCAUUGCUUCCCGACAAAUGCGCCACACCCACCUUAGUCCCCAAUAGGAGGGCCUGAGGUGAAAAUGUAGGGUAUGUCAACUUCAGAUGAAAUUAUACUUUAGGGCUAAAAAAAAAUAUUCUUAAUUUUUUCCACAUCUACCAUUCAAGGUCAAUUUUUUGUGUGAUGUACCAUAUGAGAUGUGUCAUGCUAAAUCUAUCAUUUGUGAGAUUUCCGUAUGAGGUUAUCAUGUGAGAUGUACCUUAUAAUACAGUACUGUAUACGGUAAUUACAUUAAAUAUGAAUCAACUUUAUGAUCAUAAACAACAGUGGCAGCACUAGCAUUGCUCUGACGGCAGAGCAACACCCCGUCAGACAGGGAAAUUGUUAUACUUUGGUGUGUAGUGUCAUCUGAGGGCCGUAUGCCCGAGAUGGGGGAGGAUUUGGGAGGGAGGUUCCCUCUUCCCAAUGAGAAAAUUUUUAAAAAUAAGCUGCUAGAUGCUCAUCAAGGGCAUCUUGACCUAAGGAUGCUGUUUUUUGUAUCUCAUCUGUGUCCAAAUGAUUAAUUUAUAUAAGCCAACAUUUGAUAUACCAGUAAACGUUUUAAAAUAUUUUUUUUAUCUCCCCCCCCCCCCAACGAAUCUGUACUAACUUUUCCUCAGAGGGUGGGGAGAACCUUCCCAUGAGAGGCCUGUAGCUCCUAGCCCCACCCCUAUAGCCCGAGCACUGAUCAACAAUAGCAUAAGCAACACAGUGGUAAGGUUUUUGCCUUCAAACUGAAUAGCUGCAACUGUGAGAUCAUACCUGAUGAUGGUCACACCCUCAGGCGUCAUUUGAGCGAGACACUAUACUGUACAUUUAUGAUUCUCCACCCUUUAAUAUUUCGAUUUGAUUUAUUCAAUAUCUCAUUACUUUAAACAAACAAAUAUUAUGUGAAUGAGUACCUGGUAAAAUCCUUGCAAAGAAAGGGGGAGCAUAUUACAGUAUUGUGUAUUGGGGCUUUUUUUUGCAAUGGUCACAGUAACGUAAGACUUUAUAUAAUACAAGUGUGAUAGAAGUCCCACUAUAAUCAAACACGAAUGACAACAUUAUAUCCUACUUGUUAUGAUUGUACGGUCAAAAGAUAAUGAUGUGUU